AUUCGAUACCUUACAUUAAUGAUUGUGGUGUUUUCAGAUUUAGUAAACAUGUUGAAAAACUUGAGAAACCUGGCCAAACCUGCUCUCCAGGUUCGCCUCUGCAGUGGUGGUGAAGGUGGGAUGAAGGGUAUUCCAGGAUCCGGCGCAGGACUCGGGGGCGGAGGAGGCGGAUCCAUCAGGUCUGCUGGAGGUAGUUUUGGCAAGAUGGAGGCAGCCCGCGAGGAUCAAUUCUUCUAUAAUAAACAGAAAGAAGAAAUGAAGAAAAUAAAUGAGGAAGCAGAGAAAGCUAGACUGCUGGAGGAGAAGGAAAAGAAGAAUAAAGAAAAAUAAAAAAUUCCAGAGUUUUGAGAGGGUCAAUCUCGCCUCCACUCCUUGGUUGGCCCCCUCUCUACAUUCUACAUUCUGAAAUUCUAUAGUGAUUUGUCAGCAUUUUUUGUUUGAUCGAUAUUUCUAAACAAAUAUUCUGAAUGAUUUUUAUAUACCUAUAUUUGUACAAACCACCCUGAUCUCUCUUUACAUUUGUCAGAUAAAAUAUUUUGUCAGGUUUGCCCUAAAAAUCCUAAAAAUUUUGGCUGUGAAUAAAUGAGAAUUUAAUUUAUCUUUUUAAUUUAUCCACCGGCAGAUCAGCUGGUUUGCUUUUGAGAAAGUAUCGCUGAGUUUUAUUAUAUAAUGCGAUAUUUUUAUAUAUUUUGUAUUUUCAGA